UUCUAACGGCGUUCUUUUAUAGGUAACGGAAUAAUCUAAUUAAUUACUUUUCCCACCGUUGCAACGCCGUUACCGUUACUGGGGACAGAACGUUGUGCGUUACUAUGUGCUUGUCGAACGUUGAGCAGCAGUGUGAGGCUUUCCGACCGCCACACUUCAGCUGCAGCCAGGGAGAGAGAGGUGUCGGUAACGCACUUACAAACACGAUGAUGAUUGGCCGGGUGGGCGGAGACCCUCACGGUCUCAGUUGCUGCAUUCUGUAGACACAACGGGAAUAACUCCGUUUAAAAUAACCGCGUUAAUAAAAAAUAUGUCUUUCUGUAACAAGCAAACUAAUUAAUUACGUCUUCUAUCAAAACGUUGUUCCUGUUACUGGUGAAACAACCAGGUGUGGCUCAGGUGGGCUGAAUAGAGCUGAGUGAACAGAGGGUGUGUGGAGCAUCUGGAAGCUGAUGAAGAAACAGAUCAUGACUUUUGACAUCCCAUCUGUCUUCAGACCACAGUACGUUUUCUUGCUCUGAGCUGGAUCUCUGAUAAAUCUGACCUCAAACCAUUUUCAUCUUCACUUGUGUUUGGGAGCACCACGAGAAACAAACUCUGGAGUCACUUUAGUUCCUGUGACAGCAUUUGAGAAGAUGACACUCAGUCUUCCCUUUUUGGUUGUUGGCCUGAUGGCUUCUACCAUCUUCAGUCUGGUCCAUACAACUUCUUGGGCUGAUUAUGAAGAUGGAGGUUUUGGACCACCAGCACAACCUAAACCAUCUCGACCAUCUGGAUCAGCUGGACAUGCAGAACGAAGAGGAUUUCCAGGGGAACGUGGACUAUCUGGACCAGCUGGACCACGUGGACCACCUGGACCACCUGGACCUGUUCUGAUUUGUGGACGAGAUCUCUUUGGUUCGGUUGGACAGGAUGUUGAAUUGUUAAUGAAGAUGACCACAAAGCUAGAAUUGGCGGUUACCUUUCACUUUGUGAGGAAGGUUGGUCAGAAAUACUUGGUGUCCAACAAGGAGAGAGGCUCCUUUCAGAAGGCCUCUGAGUUCUGCUCCCAACAAGGAGUAGAGCUGGUCCUGCCCCAGAGUGGAGAGGAGAACAACAAGCUGACUCAGCUGAUUGGUGAAGCUGAUCAAACAGCCUGGAUCAACAGAGAAAGGUUAGAGAGCGAAUCUCUGAAGUUCACCAAAUGGGCAGAAGGACAGCCAGAUGAACCCAUCCAGCAAGAAAGCUGCAUCGUGGUGUCUGAUAAGGGCUACUGGAGAGUGUCACGAGACUGUUCUCUGAACGCCUACAUCGUCUGUCAGAUAUAGAAAGAUGUAAUCUGGCAUGUUGUUGCUUAAAAAGCCAAAAAGAUUAUUUAGCAACUUUUAUCUGACUGCUUUCAUAUCAGUGAUUCUCUUAAUGUAGCUUUGAAGUUCCUGCAGAAAAUUAACAUAAUUGACACAUUGAAGACUGAAUUUAUGUCUGUGUCAUGUAAAUCCAAUGAAAGUUCUAACAAAGUUUGGUCCAGUCCCUCUCUUGGAGGUGACGUCCAACAACAUCACAAGGACUGGGAGCUCUUUAGUCUACUCUCAUCUACUGAACCUUCACCAGCACACACCUAUAUAUAUAUAUAUAUAUAUAUAUAUAUAUAUAUAUAAAUAAUAGAUAGAAAUUCAUACACCAACUUGCCUGUUCUAUAUUUACUCAAAAGAUUAUAAUGUUUAAUAUUUAUUUAAAGAUUUAAUUUAAUAGCAAAAGUUAUUUGUUAAUUCAAAAGAUCUAAAGAUCUUUGCUUGUUCAGUGAUCAGUAUACACCCACUCUGUUUAUUUUAAGAAAGAGUCAAGUUUAAAAAGGUUAAGAAAUUUAUUACUAAACAAUUUAAACAUGCCACUUUAAAAAGACAAUUCAUAAAAGACAAUUUAUAAAAGCUUUGGUAUUAAAAAGCAACCCUGUGUUUGGAUGAAUCUAAGGUGAAAUGUGUUUUGUUUGCGGGUGAAUGCAAUGUCUCAGAACGUGUAUCUUGAAAGAAAGGACGUGUUCUGGUUGAAAAAGAAUUUGGUUUGCGAAUAAGCUAAAUUGUUCUUAAUAAAAGAGCAUUCAUCUCGUAGCAUCAGCUUGUUCAGCAGGUGUCAUUUUGUUGUGUAGGGGCAACUCUGCCAGCAUGACAGAAAUUGCUUUGUUGGUUAAAGAGUGUGGGCAGCCGUCCCAACUUCUCUAGAACUCACUCGCAAAUGACCAGAGUUCUGUUUUAUAAGAUGGUUACUUCCAUAUUCCAACGUAUCAGGUCCUGACAUGUAGAAGGAAGGUUUUAACAAACCUUCAGAAACACGCCUCCCUGAAGAUAGAAGGUUCUGGUGUUAUGCGAAAAGAUCAUGUGAGUGCAAAUUACCUUUAACCUAGUUACUGUGACCUGUGUUUCUGUGUACAUGUAAUGAAUUAGAUUAUGUGUUAUUUAAUGAGCCAUAAGGCGUGGGGUUCCAUAGGAAAUAUGAAAUCCACCUUACGGAUCUGUGAGUUAUUUAAAACAGAAGAUUGGAUCUUUUUAUUGCAGGGAUUAGAUAACCGCUUCAUAUUCAAUCAGAGACAACAGAAGAGAGAGAGUCAAGUUUAAAAGUUAAGAAUUUUAUUACUAACAAAUUAAACUAGACUGACUUUAAAACUAAAUGUAUGGUGUAACUAAGGUGGACGAGACGGUGGAUGGAUGACGUGUGAUGUUAAUCAGAACCAGCAAAUCCGAAGAAGCGAUUUGUUCUGACGGGAACUGAAGGUGAUGUCUUCACAUAAAGCUUUGGUUAGGAGGUUCAUAAACACAUGAGACACCAUUUGCCGGGCUACAUGCCCUGAGCGGAAGUCCCCGUCUAGAUCAGGAGGUGUAUAGGUCCAGCUUGACCUUAUGGAGCCGGAGCAUGUAGAAGAAUCCACGGCAACCGACCACCCGUCCUGGGAUACGUCCGGGUCGCGACAAUUUGUUGGCGUCUGGUGAGACCCAAGCCUGGGUCUUGAUGGUUCAGUUUUUAUUCUGAAAGGAACUGUUGCAGCAGUUGGAAUAGCAACAAAUUUUUCAGCUUGUCGUUGGUUCUUUCGGUUAAAGAGUUGUAGUUCAGGAUUGGCCACUCCGUCACUUUCUCUGGAACGCUUUGAACUGGCAUUAGAGAUGACGUGGCAUAGCUUUAUACUUCGGAUGUUAUGGUUUAUUGUCGAAUGAAAAUUACCAAACACCGUCAGAAGCACGCCUCCGUCAGAUCUGUAAGAUUCUGAUUGGCUCAGUGAAAGUAAUGUGUUAUGUCUUUUUAACGCUACGUGAAAUGAGUCCUGUUGGAACACUUAAAGUCACAGUAUCUUUAUAUUCUAUAGGAUUAUAAUAAAGUAAUAAAUAUUUUGAUUUCACAGAUCGGUCACAUCUUAUUCAUUGACUAACACUUUGAUGGAUUAGCUUUAUUAAAAUAGAGUUCUUUGAUUAAUUAAAAGAAAAGAGUUCAUUCUCCAUUCUUCUGUUGAGCUGAAAAUAAGCAGGUUAGAAGGAAUGCAUGAGACCUUGAGACCAUAUCUCAUGCAGACUAGUCUUGUGCAGAGGAGGGGAAAAAACUGUCUUUUCAUUCCGUUACAUAUAAGUGCACAUGAUUACUUGUCAUAGUUGACAUUACUGAUUAUCAUAAACAAUUAUUAACCAAAGAAUAACAAUUCAUUUCAGUAAUUAAACACAGUUAUAAUGAACCUUGAUGAUUAGUAGUAAAAAGAGUUUAUUUAAAUGAUUAUUUUAAAUCUUGAAAUAUCCUCAUCUUGCUGUGGAUGGAAUAGCAGUCAGAUAAGCAGACAGCUGCAGAUUGAAGGAGUGGUAGUAGACCUUAAGUCUCCUGUGAAGGACUAUCGGAGAUUGGAGUAGCAGCCAGGGCAAGGUGACCCAGGCUGUGGAUCUGACCUGUGAGUCUUAAAAUCAGACCAUUUUGUGAUGCUACACCUACAAAGCGCAUAGAGUGCUGUGAUUGGUCCAUAAAGCAGAUAGAGCACUGUAAUUAGCCCAACAUUGUGGACCAAUCACAGCUCUCUGUGUUUUUGAAACCCUUGUAGAGAGCUGCGACUGGCCAGCCAAAAUGCUACUAGGGUCUGCAGAGGUUCCAAGACCAAACCUUGCAAGGCAAGAAUUUGGUCCAGUUCACUAAGCUAGCAUUGCAUGGCUAGCCCUGUGACAACUAGUGAUGUGACAUUCACAAACAAAUCAAAUCUUUUAAACGAGUUUUCAGAGCCAACAAUGAGAGCCGAGCCCUUGUAGAGAACAGUUAAUCUGGUCUUCCAGUAAACCCCCUUCAACCCUGCUUUCACGGACACCGGGGGACACGUUACUCUUCUCCCUGCUUUCAUGGCUCUGCUUCAUUAAAAGGGAUGAUUCUUUAAUACGGGUCUUUGAGUUAAAUGACAGAGUAAUCUAUGGCUCCUUUCAAAGAGCCAUAAGUCCCAUUGUCGAGUUAUCUUCUCGUUACCCAAACUCUAGGCGUGGCCCCAACAGAGGAUGUUGGACAACUCCACUCAUUUCGUCUGUUUCGUUUCUUUUCUUUACUGGUGAGUAAUAGGUUGAUAACCUUAAGCAAACAAAUUCAUAUAAUUAGCACAUUUACAGACAUUAGCAGACAGAUUAGACAUAAUAGACUUUAGUUGUACAUUUUUUUAAACUUUAAUUCCCUUUGGAGAUGCAGCACAAAUAAGCUUACAUUUAUUUUAUAACUUUAUUUAUUUUUUGUUUAAUAAGUAAAGAUACAUACCAGAAGCAUCUCUGUGGUUGCCAAACACUGAGCAAACAAACUGAAGCAAAGCAAAGGAACCAUCUGUCUGGUUUACACGAAUCAAAUCUCUCUACCAGGAGGCAAGAUGACCAUACCGAUUACUUUUGACGUAACACUGCCCUCUUUUGUGCAAAACAUAUAAGUAAUUUCAAAUUUUAUUUGUCACAUACACAGUCAUACACAGUACGGAAUGCAGUGAAAUGCCUUACACAACUGCUCAUGACCUAAGAGUUGAAAAUAAAAAACUGUACACCACGAAUUAAAAUGUAGGGUAAAUUUAACUGGGAAAGAGUAAGGUAAAAUAUAUCUGAAUUAAAGUUGAAUAAUAGAAUAGCUUUACAACAAAAUACACAAUACAAUACAAAUUAGAAUAAAAGGUAAAUUUAGCUGGGAAGUAAUAAGAUAAAAUAUAUAUAAGUUGAAGUUGAGAAUAAAGUAACUGUACAACAAAAUACACAGUAUGUAAAUGUAUAAGAAUGUAUGAAGAAAUAAAAAUAUCUAUACAAAACAGCGGCUGAACAAGUAUUAAAUGGAAAUGAAAAAAUGUAUAUAUAUAAUGUCCAGAGUUGUGCAAACCACAUUUUAGUGACUUUGUAGUGCAAUUGUGCUUAAGCAAAUUCCAGACUGUUCAGUGUGUGUGAGAACCAUAUGUGUGGGCACUUACUAUGUGAUGGUGUGGUUUAAAGAUCGUAUCGCCUGUGGGAAGAAACUCCUCCUCAGCCUCUCUAUGUUGGUCUUCAGGGAGCGGAAUCGCUUUCCUGACCUCAACAGAGAGAAUAGUCUGUUAUUUGGAUGGCUGAGGUCCUUCACGAUCUUCCUGGCCUUGGUCCAGCACCGCCUGCUGUAGAUCGAGAGCAGGUCAGGGAGCUCGGAGCGGAUGGUGCGCUCAGCUGAUCGUAUAACCCUCUGUAGAGCUCGUCUGUCCUGCAUGGUGCUGUUCCCGAACCAGGUUAUGAUGUUCCCCGUCAGUAUGCUCUCCAUGGUGCACGAGUAGAAGUUCCUGAGCACCCUGGGGGGCAGUCGGAAGUCUCUCAAGCGUCUGAGGUAGUAGAGACGCUGCCGGGCCUUUUUCACCACGCUGUUGAUGUGACAGGACCAUGACAGGUCCUGCGUGAUGUGAACACCGAGGUAUUUGAAGAUGCUCACUCUCUCCACUGGGCACUCGUUGAUGACGGGGAUCUGGUAGUUUCUCUCCUGCUUUGUAUUGAAGUCCACUAUCAACUCCUUCGUUUUACUGACGUUUAGAAGGAGGUUGUUCCUCUUGCACCAGGUCUCCAGAUUCCUGACCUACUUUAAGUAGGCCGCCUUGUUGUUGUCAGAGAUCAGGCCCACCACGAC